AUGGCGGUUGUUGCGUCGACUUCCGAUGAUUUAUAUGCAAACUACGCGUUCCAAUCGACACCAGACACGAGUAAUUCCACGAUAAGGGUGAGCGACGAAACGUGCCAAUUUUCUACAUUUAUUUGUUUCCAGGUGCCGAAGAAUUCAGAAGAGAAUCGGAGGCUAAAGUACGGUCAUCAGGAGGAGGACAACGCAGACAUCGCCUAUUUGAACUUUCCGGUCAUAGUUCCCUCGCUGCUCUUCACAUUUAUCUCGUUCGGAUGUUUCAUUGGUGAGCUACUACUGCACGGAGAUUUCUCUUUGGGGUCUCGCGUCCGAUGGCACGCAUCUGAAGUUUUGGCGCACAGAAGAAGUGUGUUGUUGCUGUUCUGA